AUGGAUUCUGGACAUACUGGUGUGAAUCAACUUGGUGGCGUAUUUGUUAAUGGUCGACCAUUACCUGAUUCAACACGUCAAAAAAUUGUUGAUUUGGCACAUCAAGGAGCUCGACCAUGCGAUAUUUCCAGAAUUCUACAAGUUUCUAAUGGAUGUGUGUCGAAAAUUCUCUGUCGAUAUUAUGAAUCAGGAACAAUACGACCACGUGCAAUUGGUGGCUCAAAACCUCGUGUCGCAACUGUUAGCGUAUGCGAUAAAAUUGAAAGCUACAAACGUGAACAACCAUCCAUUUUUGCCUGGGAAAUACGGGAUAAAUUAUUACAUGAAAAAGUGUGCUCUCCCGACACAAUACCUAGCGUAAGUUUGCAUUUAAUAGUUUUAUAUUUGAUCUACUUUUAG